AUGGCUUUCCCUUGCCAUUUGUUGAACUUUUGGAGAAGUCCAAUCCUCUUGUGGCAGCCACAACAGAGGGGUUCAUCCUUGGAGCCUCAUACUCCUCAAAGUAAUAGCACUCAGGCUCACCCAAAUCCGCACUCUCCUGGACCUGAUCUUCAGCUCGAUCCUCAGCUCGAUCCUCAGCUCGAGACUCAGCUCGAUCGAGCUCAGGCUCCUCUUCUCGCAAAUCCCUCAUGCCCAACUAAUGUGUACACAGGGGGUCUGAAGUCAAUGUUCUCACCCCUUACUACUGUGGUGAGCUCUGGGUUAGGGCAGGAGAAACUUGGAGGGUCCAACCAAUGGAUGUGUGAACUUGAAUUGGAACUCCCAUCCAACUCCUUGUGCUCAAUGAGAAGGUUGGUCUUGCAAAACUUGAUGUCCAUCCAACCUGGUUCAGUGGCUCUCCUAUCAGUUGGGUUCACUCCAGCAGCACACAAGAUAGGAGUGAUGAGCCCUCCAACACUUAGGCGCCUCCCUCGUUGA